GGAGGGCGGGUGGCUCGCGGCCGCGGCGGCGGAGGAACUUGUUGCGCCCGCGGCUGCGCGGUGCCGCUCCCUCCGCUCUCCUUCGCGGCGGGCGCGGCGGCGACGGCGGCGGCGGCGGCGGGAGGAGGCGAGGGCCGGCACGAUGCGGCGCUACCUGCGCCUCGCGGUGCUGUGCCUGGCCUGCGGCUUCUGCUCGCUCCUCUACGCCUUCAGCCAGCUCGCCCUGUCCCCGGAGGAAGGCGCGGGCGGCGGCGGCGGGAAGCCGCAGGCCCGAGUGGCUUCCUGGCUCGCGGGCGGAGGACGGGGCGCCGCGCGAGGGGCGGGCAGCGCGGCCACGGCGGCGCACCCCGGCGGGGCGCACAGGUGUAAAGAUUUCUCUCUCUGUUACUGGAAUCCCUAUUGGAUGCUGCCCUCUGAUGUUUGUGGAAUGAACUGCUUUUGGGAAGCGGCUAUUAGAUAUGGUCCGAAAGUACAGCCCGUUGAGAGGAUGCACCUAGCUGUGGUUGCCUGUGGUGAACGACUGGAAGAAACUAUAACCAUGUUGAAGUCAGCGAUCAUUUUCAGCAUCAAACCUCUUCAGUUCCAUAUUUUUGCUGAAGAUCAACUACAUGAGAGUUUCAAAGGCAUACUUGACAGCUGGUCAUUUUUACAAACAUUUAAUUAUUCAUUAUACCCAAUAAGUUUUCCGAGUGAGAAUGCAGUGGAGUGGAAAAAGCUCUUUAAACCAUGUGCUUCCCAGAGAUUGUUCUUGCCAUUAAUCCUUAAAGAAGUUGACUCACUAUUGUAUGUCGACACUGAUAUCCUUUUUUUACGGCCUGUUGAUGACAUUUGGUCUUUACUCAAGAAAUUUAAUUCCACACAAAUUGCUGCAAUGGCACCAGAACAUGAAGAGCCUCGAAUAGGAUGGUAUAAUCGCUUUGCCAGACAUCCAUACUAUGGAAAAACUGGAGUAAACUCUGGAGUUAUGUUGAUGAACAUGACUAGAAUAAGAGGGAAGUAUUUCAAGAAUGAUAUGACAACUGUACGGAUGCGAUGGGGAGACAUACUUAUGCCAUUGCUCAAGAAAUACAAACUGAAUAUCACGUGGGGUGAUCAAGAUCUGUUGAAUAUCAUAUUUUUUCAUAACCCAGAAAGCCUUUUUGUUUUUCCCUGUCAAUGGAAUUAUCGGCCAGAUCAUUGUAUAUAUGGAAGCAAUUGCCAAGAAGCAGAGGAAGAAGGAAUCUUCAUUCUUCAUGGGAACAGAGGUGUUUACCAUGAUGAUAAGCAGCCAGCAUUUAGAGCUAUUUAUGAAGCACUGAGAAAUUGUUCUUUUGAAGAUGACCACAUCCGUUCCUUAUUAAAACCUUUAGAACUGGAAUUGCAAAAGACAGUGCAUACAUACUGCGGGAAAAUUUACAAAAUAUUUAUCAAACGGCUAACCAAAAGCAUCCAGGACCGCUAUGAUAGACCACCCAAGGAAAGGUGAUUCUUGGAGACUACUGAGUCAAAUGAAUGAAACCAACAAAAUGUUAGAGGAAACGUGAAGGAAUAGUCUUGGAUGAAGUGUUCAGGAAAGAAUUAUUCAUCUUCAGAAUAAUUUCUUUUUCCUGAGGAAGUUAAAUGAGCAAUAUAUUCAUUUAAUGAAGAAUAAAUUAAAGUCUUGACUCCAAUAAGAAGACAUUUUUCAUCUCUGACGUUUAUAAUGUUAUUUGCUGUCAUUCCAGUAUUGAUGAAAAUAUUGAAUUGUUUGUGGCCUAUAGACUGGUUUACUGUUAAGCUCAAGUGAGUAAGAACAGUAGAAGGGGCGGGGUGUAUGAAUGGAAAAGAUGUACCUCAUACACAGUAGGUUGCAAACUGAGUAUAGCAAUAAUUUUGUCAGCACUAACCUCACUUUAAAUACGUGAGAAAAACGUUUACAGGAGCAGAAAAGAUUCUGUUUCUAAAGAAAUGUGAUGUAACCAUUGACAAUCCAUGUGUGCCUUCAUAGAUUUCAUCUCUGUUUUAAAAUCUUUUUGUGACAAUCAUGUUUAAAAUUAUUUUUAGAUUACAAGUAAACUGCACGUUUAAGAUGGCGCUGUAUAAGAAAGAGGGAAAACAGUGAAAAUUGUGUUUUAGUCUGUGUGUAUGCUUGUGAAAUAUAGUAUUUUCAUGUGUAUAUUUUUAACUGUCUUGCCAAACUCAGAUCUAAGAUCGUUAAAUAUUUUGAAAAUUUUUUUUUAUCAUUUUAAAUGAAGAAUUUCAGCUUUACUGGGCAUUCUGGAAGCAGAAAAAGAAAGGAAAAUAAAAUGAAAACCUAAAUAGUAUACCUGUGUGAUGGGCCAAAAUGCAUUAAGCUCUGUACUUCUGUGAACAGUAAUUUUAGUUACAACAGAGCAGGAGAAAGUGGUCAUUUAACUUUUUUUCUUCUACCUCAAAAUAUAUUUGCAAGAUAUAUUUGAAGAAGCAAAUAUAUAGAGCCUUAAUUUAAACAACUGUCAUGGAUGAUUGGGAUUAAGAAAACCAGUACCUCUGACUACAGGAAAGUAGUUUGGGUCAAUGUGAAUAGCUUCCCUUUUUGAACAUCACUUAAGACAGUUAUUUUUUUUUAAUGUUGAAAAUAGACUUCUCAGUGUUGUUGAUCUCUAUCUAAGUUUGGAGGGUACAUAGAAGGCUGUUGUUAACGGUCCCCAAAUAAGACCAUUGCCUGCCUGGCUGCAUUAGACUCUUGGGGAGAGCUUGUUGAGAAUGAAUGCUGGGGCUUACCCUUUCUGGCCCACUGUGUCUACGAUUGGGGUCUGCAAACUUUUUUUUUUAAUGAAGAGACUUAAAAAUUACACAGAAGUAGAGAGAAUACAGUGGUGCUGUUUGUCCGGAUCAAGCACUUAACAAUAUCUUGCCAUAUUUGCAUCAUUUAUCCUUUUUCUUUUUUUCUAAAGUAUCUUAAAGAAAAUCCCAGACAACAUGUUAUUUCACCACCGUGAACAGUUCAGUAACUACAAUGACAUAAUACUUCCUCCAUGUUAAAUGCAUCUUAAGUCCUUAAGCAGAUUCCUGAUUGUCUCCAAUGUUAGAAUCUAAGUCACAUUAUGAUUCUAUUUUUAAUAAACACCUCAGGUGAUUUUGACAUCAGCUAGUUUGGGAACCACUGGAAAUGAUUUUGCCAACUUGAAGGUUGAAAUUAGGAUAUCAUAAUUCUUAGCAUAGUUGGUGGAUUACAAUUGUGAUUCUGAAAUAUUAGAGGAAGUACUUGAGUUAUUGACAGCAUAUGAAUUUAUAUUCUAAGCAAGUUCCUUAGGUUUAAUUUCCUCAGUGAACAGAGAAUCUCAGCCCCAUGGGCUCUGAUAUGAUUGGGACCAUGUCGAGUGUGGUCAUAGUUGAAUCCAGCUGCGCUGUGUACUCUGGUCUCACACAUGUGGCUUAUUUACAUUGCAACACAUUCUACAUUGUCCAUCAGUUGGAAGAUUCCUCACCUGGUUUAUUCAAAUCUGGCCUAAUUGGGCCUUUUACCAUAAAUUGGUUUAUGGUGAAAACUUUCCAUUUACCGACUAUUUUGCCUAAAACUUGGAAUAUCACAGAAAGUCCAUAAAGAUAUUAAAAUGAGUUUUCUGAGUUUAUCUUUAGGUAAGGUAACUUUUUCCUUGAGAAUUCUCAAGAAAUGCAGCUCUUAGCAUUAAUGAGGUUAAAUUAUAGGAUAACUUAGAGAAUAUUACAUUUCUUUUUAUAAAAUAGUAUACCUAUGCAGUUUAUAUAAAUUACAUUGUAUAUUUUUUGAGUCCAUAUGUUAGAACAAUUCUGACCUCAGAACUAUCUCUGGGCUACAGUAUUACCAAAGUGGAGUGACUAAAAUAUAGUCGCACUUCAUUUGUAUGAAGUAGUUAUCUUAAAAGAAUAUGGAAACUUUUAGAAAUAUAUAUUGUGAUACAUUUUAAGAAAAUACAGCCCUGACUGGUUUGGCUCAGUGGAUAGAGCGUCGGCCUGCCGACGGAAAGGUCCCAGGUUCGAUUCCAGUCAAGGGCAUAUGCCUGGUUUGCAGGCUCAAUCCCCAGUAGGGGGCGUGCGGGAGUGAUUCUCUCUCAUGGAUGUUUCUAGCCCUCUCCCUUCCUAUCUGAAAUCAAUAAAAAUAUAUUUUAAAAAAGAAAAAAAUACAUACCCCCCCCCCCCCCCCCCCCCGAAGAAUAGUUCAGAAUUUAUUAGGUAACCCAGUUACCUUUGGAUGCUUUAGAGCCUGAAGUAAUAUUACUGCUUACUGCUGCUCUCAUCUUACCUCCAGUCAGAUGUUAGUGGUGUAAUGGGAAGAAAAUCAGACUGUGAACUAGGUCUGUAUUCUCUUCCUGGUUAAGGGACUCCAGGUUAAUUGUUUAACCUUCUCUGUGCCUUGGGUUUCCAAGUAAUGAAUAUGCCCUUCCAACCUCAUGAGACCCAGCAGUCAUGAGUUAGGAAGUUUUGAGACUCAAGAGAGAAUGGAUUUGAAGACGUUCUGCACGGCCUCUGUCAGGCACGUCCAUCAGCGUUGCUGUGGAAGGUCUGCUUUGCCCUGCCGUCCCCUUCGGCUGAAUGUUUUCUGACAUGCGUGGUAUCUCCAGUAUUAAUUUGCUUAUAUGAGGUAAGGAAGAGUUUUUAAGGAAGAGAAAGCAGGGAAAAGAAUGAUAUAAGUGAAUGAUCAAAAAAAGAAGGAAAAGAGAGGAAGUGAGAAAAGGGAGGAAAGAUGGGAAUGAGAGUGAGAAUGGCAAAAGGCAGAGUAGGAAAAGAUGGAAUGAGAGUGGGAGAAUCGAGGUGGAGUGAUGGAGAGAAGUGGUGUGGAAACAGUCACUGGCGGAGUUGUAGCCCCCACCCUGUGCUGCUGCCUGCCGCCUUCCUCCAGUGCAGUGCUGGGCCCUCAGGGUCGGGGUGCUGGCUUCAUGGAGGAGGCAGCAUGGCUCCCUUGUUUGAUUUGUUGAUGCUAGAGUUGUUUCCCAGUCACUCUACUCACUUAUUUAGAGCUAAUGAUUGAACAUGAUUUUCAUUAUUAUUUUCUGGGUCCCAGUUUAUGAGGUAGGGCCUGUGGAAACACAAUGACAAGCAUCUUCCCUUAGCAUUGUCCUUUUAGUCAUCCUGAAUGUUGGCUUAGGCCAGACCACCACACAGAGUCACCAGAGAGGCUAGGGUGGAGGGAUGGUUUCAUAAGGUGUGAAGGGGCCCAGGAGCUUUCUGCAUCAUUUUUCCAAGAUGAUGCUGAUAGGAAGCCAGGUUUGGGAAUCACGGCCCUCCCUUGAGUGGCAGCUCAAACAGUCAACAUCUGUUGACUCCUCAAUAGCAUAUUUUCAGUUCAACUGGAAGAAUGGAUUCAAGAGAACGGGAGAUAGCAGAAAUACAUGAAAGGGAAAGACCUUAAGAGAGAGUACUCACUGUCUUUUUCCGCAGUCUAUAUUGUAAGUAAUACGGUGGUGCUGAUCGGCCUUAGUCGUAGUCAGAACCUCUUUGAGGUGUUUAGAAUGACCAUUGAUCUGUUUUUUUAAAAAUAGCUUUUUUGGUUCCUUAGAGUAAAUUAAGAAAAGUAGGGGAGCUAUAUGUUAAGUGUGGGGUCAGUUAUCCAUUUAUUAAAUGUAAUUUCAAGUGUCUUAAAACAACUGCCUUUUAAUAUUUAAUAAAAGUAGAUUAAAGAAUGAUUUGUAUGUAACAGUUAUCUUCUUAUAUAUUGCCAAAGCAACUCUUUUUUGCCUAUUAAAUUCUGGCCGAACUGUUCUGAUGUUUAUUGUUUCUUAAUUCAUUGAACAUGAAACUAGAUUUUUUAAAACUAAGUUAUAAUGUUAUAUAAACUUAAGACAACUCUAAAAGGUGGUUCAAGAAUGUUCUUUUGUAAAACUGAAAAGGAAUAUGAUGUUAAAUCAACUAUCUAGCAAUAGAAUCAUGAGGAGAACAUGAAAUAGCAUAUUGGACUAGGCAAUUUGAAGUUGAUUAUAAAUCAAUGUCACACUCAUUUUUAAAUGGAAAAUAUGUAUCGUCACCUCAUCUAUCAACAAUUCCAAGUGUCUAAUGGGAUUUAUUUCUUUAGAAUUAUCUGUAGUCUCAGUUUUAAAACAGAGCCAUUGAAAAUAUAUGAAGAAAAAUGAAAAAUUCCCUCACUACUAAUACUGUGAGUGUUAUUUGGAGGAUCUGUGGUCAGACAUUUUGAUAUCAAACUUAACUGCUGUGGAGCCAUUGAUUAUGUUUAGUAUAUGUACAGUCUGAUUAUGUUUAGUAUAUGUGAGCAUAUUCACGCACACAACAUCAUAGCAACUGCGUGUAAAAAUUAAACACAAUGCAACCGCGUAUGUUGCGUAAAAAGUAAAUUGACUUUGUGAUGGAAAAUAGCUAUUUUCAACUUUUAUAUAAAAUCUCUUCAGGGAAUAUUGGAAUGCUGUGCUAAAAUAAUCCAGGGCUUGUAGUAUAGCUGUAGAAUACAUCAUUUAUUCAAAAUUUAGCAGAACACACAUGCUUCGUAUUCGUUAUUUGAGAGCUGGACCAAUGGUUUUUGAUGGGUGCUAUAACAGAAGAUCUAUGAAGGAGAUGGUUUGCACCUGUUCCCGAAAUCAAACACUGAGAAAGAUUGCAGAUGUUUCCAUUUUUUACAAGCAUUUCGCAUAAAUGUUUUAAUUAUUUGAGUAGAAUGUUUGUAAAGCUGCAGAAGGCCUCUGGUGUACUGUGAUAUGUAGAGGUUACCACCCUUAAACUACUUUUUACCUUAAAAUAUUGUGGUUUUAGAAUAAUUUGGAUGUCUUCCUCCAAGUAUUUUAUGUAUCUUGACAUUUAUUAAAGGGGAAUAUAAGAUUAUAGAUGCCACUAUUACCUGAGAAUAAUGGAAAGUUGCUUCGUUUUGUUUUGGGUGAGUUCAGCUCAUCUUUUUGUUGAGAAACUGUGUUGCUGUUACUAAAAAAACCCAUCUCAAUAAAUGUUUAAUUUCUCCAAA